CCUCUAUCCUAACCAGCACCACUUCUUUAGUGUCAUUCCUUUCUCUAAAAAGCAAAACAAGUAUUGCUAUUUCUUCUUCUUACUAAAGCUCUCAAGUUUCUUUAAAUUUCUUCAAGAAACCAUAUACUAAAAUGGCCAUCAAAAAAUCAAUCAAGUUGUCACAAUCUCCAGUUUUGAAGCAAAUUUUAAGAAAGUGUUCGAGUUUAGGUAAGAAGCACGAAGAUCACCUUCCAAUUGACGUACCAAAAGGACAUUUUGCAGUUUACGUAGGAGAGAAUCGAACUCGAUACAUUGUACCUAUUUCUUUCUUGAGUCACCCCGAAUUUCAAUGCCUCCUUCGUUGCGCUGAGGAAGAAUUUGGGUUCGAUCAUGACAUGGGCAUCACAAUUCCUUGUGAAGAAUUCGUUUUCCAAUCACUUACUUCCAUGCUGAGAUAGUAAAGUAUUUGGAAAGAAGAAAUUAAAGAGUGAAUAUUAGGUGUUAAUUUUGGAGUGAAGAAACAUGUGUUCAACAUGAAGCAAUUUAAUUAGUCUUUUUGCUUCACUUUUUUGUAGCAUCUUUCUUCACUUUUUUAUAUAUUUAUUUAUUAUUUGUGAGUUUCCUCUAACCCUGACGUAGGAAUCACAUGAAUAUUAGUAGUGUUUUUUAUGGGUUGGUUGGAAAACUAUUUUCCCUUAGAAGUGGCGUUUUUUAAGCACCCUAUGAGAGAAGUGAAUUAUUGAAUGUGUCUGAAUAUAUUUAUAUUUGCUAUUUUUGAUACAAA